UGGUAACACAUGCCAAGUGGGUGUCAAAAUGACAGCAAAUAAAUAAAAAAGAGUUUACUCACAAAAAUCAAUACUGCAACGAGGCUUGAACGUACUGCCAUUAUUAUUAGCGAGGAAACGCAUUUAUUAAAAUACUAAAUAAAUAGUUAACUCCCUCUGUGUUUUGUAAAGUUUAAAGCAUUCCAUUCGCUGCAUUAUCAAUAUGCCUGGCCCAGGAAGACAUUACCGCGGCAACCGUAGAGCGCCGAAUCCAAAUCCGCCGAGUCUAUCGUCAGUGGCGCGGGAAAACGCCUUAGCUCUCCCAGAAGACAGUCCAGUUCUGGCAAUUUUCAAAGAUAUAUCAUUAAAGCUGACUGCGCGUCAAGACAGACAUGAGAGGCUCGUCAAACUAUCCAGAGACAUUACCAUUGAAAGCAAACGGAUCAUUUUUGUCCUUCAUUCUGCUAUGACUAAAGAAUCAAAUGCAAAAGUCCUAGCAGAUGCCAAUGAUCGGAUUCAAAAGCUUAUCAAUGGACCAAUCAAAAGCAUUGGCAUAGAGCUUGAGUUCAGUCCCGCUUACUUACACUUGCGGGCUGUGACUAAUGGCUUCCAAGAAUUUGUUGAAGCUAGGACCAUGUUCUCUAUCAUGGCUACUGGUCAGAUCAUCACAUUCCCAGAGGUUCAGAAGGAACUCGAGUUUGUGAUCACAGAGAAUGAUGAACAACGGAAAGUGGUUACAACAAUAACUGAUAAUGAUUAUAUGCUGGGUUUGGCUGAUCUGACUGGAGAGCUGAUGAGGAAGGCCAUCAACAGUGUGUCCACUGGUGAGAGCGAGGACUGUAUCCAGGCCUGCCAGCUUGUGAGGGACUUGUAUACUGGAUAUUUAGGUAUCACAAACAACCGCCACCUGCUCCGAAAGUUAACAACAACUCGCGCUAACGUGAACAAAGUGGAGAUGGCGGUGUACGCGCUGCGCGUGCGCGGGUCGGGCCCCGCGCCGCUGCUGGGCCCCGGCAACCCGCCCGCGCCGGACAUCGACGCGCCCACCGGGCUGUCCGACGACGAGGGAUACUAUUAACGGCCAAAGUUUACUUAAUAUUACAUUAGGUGGCAAAGAAAUUGAAGAAAGAAAAGAGGUUGGUGUUCGAGAAAGUACGAAGAUGUAGAUUAUCAGGCCUAUUGAUGCCAUUUAAGACUGAUUGACAUGUAAAGUUCUUUGUCACCCAUUUCUCUUUUAACUUUCGACCUGCAUUGCAAUUCUACUACUAUUGUUCUAAGUUAAGAACUUUUACAAUAGUCUCUAGUGUGUCUCUACAUUGCAAUGUGGACUUUCUCUCAUUGUUUACCUAAAUGUGAUAGAUGUUAAGAAUGUAGUGUUAUUCUCUAAACAUUUUAAAUGUGAAGUAUUAUUCUGCAUUUUAUUACGAACCCAUAGAAAAAUCUCAGAGAAUAGCAUGCAUUAGUAGAAAACUUAAUGUAUUAUUAUAAAGGAUAUUACUGGAAUUGUAACUUAUUGGAUGGGCCAUGCCCUAAAAAAGUAAGAUAAGCGUAAUAAUCAUUAAAAAUAUGUCUCUAAAACAGUA